AUGCGCGGAGAGGGACCCGAGGGGUGGGCUCCGCCGCCGCCGCAGCUGUUUCCGAGCGGAAGGGCGACGCGGGGUUGCUGGGAAGCGGCGGCUUCGCCUCGCGGCGUUUCUUUUCUCUCCCCCCACUCCUCACUCGGCGGCGCCGCCUGUUUUUUUCCGAAGGCGGGUCGCCCCUGCUCACCCCGAAGCGACACAGAGCCCCCUGCGAGGGGGGCGAGGAACGGCCUCCAGGCCGAGGGAAGGGUAAGCGGCGGAGAGGGAGGCGGCGGCGUUGGUUGUCACAGGGAGAGGCGUGUCAGGAGGACGUGCGAAGGGAGGGAGGGUUUCCCGGGAGGGUUUUAAUUUCUGCCAUGGCCGAGGAGGAGGAGGAGGCGGGUCUCGGCCUCCCUGCCUGGCAUCUUUCUUUCCCUCCCGCCCCCCAGAUUUUUAGAAGGCCCAGCCCUUGGGGCGGUGUGACGUCAGCAUGGACGGCAGUGCCCCUGAGCAGGUGCAGAGUGCCUUCCCCCUCUCCGCCUUGAGGGAAGGGCAGAGGGGUGGCCGCGGCAGUCCGUUGCAGCAAAAGCCGUAAAAGAGGCGUGUGGCGCCCUAGAGGAGGCCGACAGCAUUAUUAUGGCGUAGCGCAAGGUUUUUGGGGGGUGGGCUGCAGCUUUGCUUCCUUAAAUGCAUCUGAUGAAGUAAGACUCUCCAGACCAUGAAAAGGUUACGCUGUGGGAAAUGUGUUGCAGCACAGUCCUAACUAUGACUACUCAGAAGUAAAUCCUGUUGAAUUCGGUGGGGCUUGCUCCCAGGCAAAUGGGGAUAGGACUGCAGCUUUAGUCUUCAAAUUGCAUCACAACAUUAUUUGUUGGUUUUGCUAUAGAGAAUUUACAGUAUUCUCUUAUCUCCGCAUUCCAGUACUAACUACAAAAUUGGGGGCUUCUGGGAGGAACAGCUUUUAGAUCAAAUACUGUACUUGAAUCUUAUUAAUAACUUUUGUAUAAGAUUAUCCAUUGUGCAGAGCCAUUUAAUGCUCUUCUCUGUGUGCUGUACACACACACACACACACACAUUUUAUCUUAUUUUAAAACAGGGCUGGGGAAUAUGUGAUGUUGCUGAACUCCAGCUGCCAUCAGUCCUGGGCAGUAUGGCCAAUUGUAAGGGAUGAUGGGAGCAUCUGGAUGGCCACAGCUUGCUUAUCCCUGCUUUAAAACUGUCAGUCUGCCUUGAGUGCAGUAUAUUCAAUUGAAGAGUACAAUAUAAAUUGCCUGAAACAUGUUUGUGCAGAAGUAGCACCUGCUGGUUUUUCUUGGAAGCUUGUGCAGGAUUGCAACCUGACAAUGUAGUUGUAUGCACAUGCCCUCAAAAGUAAGCCGCACUGAGUUUAAUGGGACUUUUCCCCAGGUAAGUGUGUAGUUAAUUGUAACAUUAGCCCCUUGUACCAAAAAUAGCUUACCAAAGGACUUUAUCCCUACCUACUUAAAAAAAAAAAAAGCCUUGCUAGGCCUAUUCAUUAUUUAGUAAAAUGUCUUAAUGGCAUAAUAAAUGUGCGAGGUUGAUAGUAGUAAGUCCUCAGUCUUUGGCAUUUAAGAGUCUUUUUUCCUCAAAUUGUUAAAUGUUUCCCACAGGGAUCAGGUUGUUGAUGGAGUGGUAAUAGUGGAGCUGAUGACCCACCCUUCACCAUAAGGCAGCUGGCAGCACACUAAUUUUAAAUGUGCAGACACACUCCUGGCAACUGCCAAAACCAAGAGUACACCUAAGCUGCAAACCUGAGUUUUUAGGGGAAGAGUAACACCCACCACAGGUCAAUUCCCUAUUCCCUGAUCUUUCUUUCAACUGACCACAAACACCUCUGGCUUGUCUGGAUUAAGCUUCAGUUUGUUCACCCUCAUCCAGCCCAUUACUAGCACUAGACACUGGUUGAUAGAAAGGAGAGGAGAUGUCACCUGUGGCUACCAGGUUAGUGCUUAGAUGCAGGGCUGUUGAAAACUGAUAGAUGCAUCCAGUAUAGUAACAUAAAUUCUCAGUAUGGUUCAGCCCCUCUCAUGGCAAAAUUUGGGAAUUCCUGGACCAAAGUGAUUCGAUGCAGAGGGCACUUUGCUUCUCAUAUCUUAAGGAGCUAUAACUAUGAUUUUUCUUUUUCAAGUGUUUAUUUGUUAAAACAUAUCUGCCCCACCAUUACACUUGAAAACAACGCUACCUAGGCAAUUCAAAGCUUUCUUAAAACAACUCGGUUGAACAGCAAUAAAAAAACAAGACAAAAAUACAUUGACUAAAACGGCAUCUACUGGUUCUAUGCUUGUUGCUCAGAGUGCAUUAUUAAAAAGCACAUAUAAAACAAAACUGUCUUAAAGCAGAUGCCUAAGGGCACAUAAAGAGACAGCUAGGCAGACUUGCUGUGGUAUGGAGUUCCAUAACUUGAGUUCCACCUCUGAGAAUGCCCUGCCUCUGUUGCCCACCAGGCCAUACCUCAUAUGGACACAGAGCAGAGGCCCAAAAGCAUCCAGACAGGUUUAAGAAGGUGGAAGUGGGCCAUUCAGACAGUUCUGUGGGCUAUACAGUUGGGCCCAUUCCUCCUUCAAUAGACAAGGUUGGAGAGCACUUCAAGCAUACAAGUCGAGAAUCCUUACACACACAAAGAGAGAAACACCCCCUCCUUCCCCAUUCACCAGUGUAAAGUGAGCGAAAUGUGAGUGCAUUUUGAUUUUUCAGCUGAGAAAGCAGUUGAUUUGUCCUCAGCAAUAGAUUUUAAUCUCUGAUCUGCUGUUCCUGCUACUGACCUUGUUAAAUCUCUCUCUGGCUUCUCUUCUUUAAGCUGCAGGCUCCUGUGCAGACAGUGCCUUCACUCAACAUAAACAGCAUGUGAGCUGGGGGUAGAUAAGCAACAACUCCGCUUAACGCCUCUGGCUGAGUGACUUGCCAAAGAGCCCAUCGCUGUCAUGCAUGGUUAUCCUUGGUUGGCUGAGUUGUGAUAUCAUUAGCCGUGUGUGCCAGUCUUUUGACCUUGUCUCAGAGCAGAGGAGGCUGCUGAAGGCUCAGCUUUCUAACACUUUUAUCAGACCUGUUGCUGUUGAGGAAGAAAUUUUGGUGGCUUUUUUCUUCUGAAGAAUGUAACAAACAUAAGAGGAAACUAGAAAGUCAUUGGUUAGCACACUGGGAGAUCUUAUUGAUGCAGGUACCAAUCUUUUAAUUAGACCUAAUAUUACCAUCACUUUUCCUUGUUUGCUUUCUCCUCCUUGCAACCCACUAUAACUGGAAUUUCCUUCCACCUGACACUCUUGUUUUUACAUUGAAGUGCCUUUACCCUGGCUUUUCCCAGUGUAGACUCUUUUCCUUUCCUGCCUCACAUACCUUGCAUUUUCCUUUUAGGGUGCUUGUACAGGGACAGUUUAUAAUUUUUUGCAGAGCACUUAGCACUGUUUAGCGGUAAGGUUAUUUAUAAAAUAUUAUUAAUGGUCAUAUUGCUUUCUGUAGCACUUGUAUAAAGUGCAUUACAGUCAUACUUCAUAGCUGUGAUGCAUGUGGCUAUUGUUUCCCCUUUAAACAUGGACAAGCUUAGGUUGAAAGCUGUUUUUUGCUUCUGGUGGCUCUAUUGGGAUUUGAACCCAAUAGUCAUAUGCAAGCCAGUGCCUUUUUGCUCAGAGCUGGCAAGCUGUAUUAAAUCUGGACAAUGUUUCAUUUGUAAUCACUUCAGAUAAAACUUGUAAUACAGAUCAGUAGAUCUAAGGGCUAAAUGUUCUCAUGUGUGAUCACUGCUGCUUACUUGUAGUAAACUAUAUGUAAGAUAUGUAAGACAGUAUAUGUAAUUUCUCAUGGCAAAUGUUAAAAGUAUAGUAGGAUACUGUAUCCUACUCUAGUCUUGCCCAGUGGUGCAUAAUUCUGGAAAGUUUUGAUAUAAAAAUAUUUCCUAUGCAAAUCAGGUUAAUUUGCACUGGAAGCUUUCCUGAUGCCUUGGGAAAUUAUUUGAUUUAACAAGUUUAUGCUAUUUGUAUUUGGUAACAAAAGCUAAAGAUGUUGAAACUUCCAAGCUUGUCUAAAUUUUAUUUGCAGUUGGCAUCUAUUCACUGUUACUAAUUAACUUGGGAAACAGAAGAAUUUCUGCAGAAAAACAGAGCACUGGAAAACAAUCUUUUUUGGAAACUUUUCUGCCCCACAUCAGUGGUCUUAUUUUUGUAGAGGCCAAUAAAUAUCCUUCAGAGGAUGAGUUUGUUUUCCAAGUAGAUCUCCCAAACCAAAUUGGCCUAGUCUCUAGUGAAAUUUGGUGAAAUUGGAAUUUACAUCACCUUUGAGAAGCUUUAUACCUUGCUUAUCUGGUUGGUUGUAGAAAUGGCAAAAUUGUUAUUGGGCAGCAUGCAAACAAAUAGCUGAAAGGGGAGAAACUGGAAUACAAUAUGUUCUAAACAGCUGAGUAGAUACUUUUGGAAUAUAUUUCCCAUAGGCAAUUCCUGGUGGUCUCUUACUCUUUCAAAACUUUAGGGUUUUUCCCCCUGUCUUGGUAAGUAAAUGGGUUUUUCUUUCUGCAGAGUCAAUCGUAUGAAAGUGGGAACAACUACAAAGGUGUGGAUUGCUGAUUUGUUCUAUAUACAUUUGUGGUGAAUGUGACAUCACCUAACAACUCCAUCAUGAGAAACAGCUGAAUUCCUUUUGGUUGUCCUGUGAGUCCCAUUUUUAGAGAAGGGAAUGCUGUAAUUCUACAGCAGCGCUUGCCAUCUUCUCUGGGGUCUCUAAUUCUUAUAUCUCAGUUUAAAAGGGUAGAGGGAGACUAAAAGGAAGAAAGGCCCUGCAUCAUCCCUCUGUUGUGAAGAAAUCUUCUGUCAGCAUCCAAAUCUAACAGACUCAGACAAUUUAGGUGCAUCAGCCUUACCCUAUUGUGAUUCCUUUGACAGAUUAUUAAUGCUUAGGUUGGAUUGUAUGCUUGGUAGGCUGGUUACAAAGGGAGAAAACUGGAGGAGAAUCUUCAGAAAUUGUAGUAUAUCUGUGGCGGAGCGGCUGACUCAAAAGUCCCAGUUUCCAUUGUGGUUACUGAACUAUUUGAUGCAUAUUUCCUAACUAAGUUCCAUCUUAAUGGAAGGUACAUUAGGGUACCACUUGUUCAUUAUCUGCUGCAGGGUUAUAAGGGCAACCAGCCGUUUGCUGGCCAGAAGGGUGGCUUAGCUCUCAUUAAAGAAGGCAUUUGUCUUUCUGCUUGAAACAUUAGUCCUUCUACCAGGAUAAUAUUCAAACACAAGGAUAGUCAAUGUGGUCAUUUCCAUAAGUUCUUGGACUACCACUCCCAUCAUCCCUAUUCAUUGGUCAUCCUGGCAGGGUCGGAUGGGAAUUGUAGUCUAAUAGCAUUUAGAGGGCACCCUUGCCUCGUUCUGAUUGUAGCAAUUGUUGGGCAGUGAAGUUAACUACCCCGGGAAUUUGCAAAAUCAGUUGCAUUAGGUUUUAAGACAGUAUAUGUGCCUGCCAGGAACAGUUUCUGUAGAGUGCAUUCUGCUGCACCAUGUGUAUGGUGAACUACAUAAUUGAUGAUAUUCUGCCUGACUCUUAAGUCUGUGAGCUAGUUUAAUCCUAGAAUACAGUUACAUAACUGCUUAAGAUGUAAUUGGGAUUCUUCGUAUCACUGCUUAUCCGCUUUAAUGAGACAAAUUUAGAACGUGCCCUUGUCUAUGUUCAUAAUGAGCAGAUAAUUUUCUUCCAAGGGUGGAAUACUAUGAAGCUAGUGCACAAUCUGGAGCUGCAGUUUUGACCUUUGACUUACUUGUUCCUGUUUGGUCAGAGAUGGAAGCAGAUUCAGUAAGUACACAGCUGUUAACAUCAUUUUUUAUUUUUACUUUUGCAAUAUUGAAGACCUUUAAAGCUUGUGUUUUCCAAAACAUACUGUUCACUUUGAGAAUAUGGCUCUUCUGAAUAAGGCUUUCUUUCCAGGGUCUAUACAAUUUCUGCAGCUCAUGAGACACUGAAAUCAUCCUUAAAUCCAACUGAACAUUGUUGGAAUUCAAUUUCCGAAAUCUCUUGGGCAUCUUUGAAAACUGUACUUUUGUAAAAUGAUGAUGAUAAUAAUAAUAAUAAUGUUCUUGUGUUCGGUGUGUAUAAUCGUGCCUGCCCACGUGACAGUUUUCUAUUGCAAAGCUCCCCAAAAGUGAGAAAGUUAAAAGCUUGCACCCAUUUUUUUCCAGGGGUGGCUCUCAGUCUGAACGUACGUUAGGUGAAAUAAGGAGGGAACGCGUCCCCAUUGCUGAGGCAAAUGGGCCGAUUCCUUGUUUUGUCUCAUUCUUUUUUAAUUGUCGCAGUGCAAAUUGACAAAUGGGGUAUGCUAGCCUGGUUGGACACCCUUAGAGCAAUGUGUUUGGAACUUAGUGAUGACAUCAUGUAGCUAAAUCUGUUGGACUAUGUGGUGCCAGAGUGUCAUUGCAUUACAGUUCCCAUCAGCCCCAGCAAGCAUUGCCAGUGACCAUGGAUGAUGGGAGUUGUAGUUCAGCAACAUCUGGAGGGUCAAAGUAAUAAAUCUCCUGUGGUGAAGUGAAUGCUUGGACUUUCCUCCUUCAUGUAGCCUAGUCCACGUUUUCAGCAGUAUAUAUUUUAGCACCAGAAGAGAUCCUUUUGCUGUCCAGAUGUUACUGGAUUAUAGAUCCCAUCAGCACUGACCAUUGGGCUUGCUGACUGGAGCUGAUGGGAGUUGGAAUUAAACAACAUCUGGAAGGUCCCAGGUUUUUUACCCAUUUUCUAGCAAAGCAUUUGUAAAUCAAGGUAUAAACCCUUUUACUUAAAAUGAGAGGUCAGCUUAGUGUCUGUUUUAUCAGAAAUGUGUUUUGCAGCCUUGGGGCAUCAGUAAUAGCAUGAAAAAUAAACAUUAAAAAAUGUAAUAGACAAACUGACAGGUGGCCUAGGCCCCAAGGUAUGUAGGGAUGUAUUUAUAGUACCAGCUGUUGACAACUUUCUUAAUGGAUUAAACAGAAGUUCUCUCUUACUUUAAACAAAGUGACCUUAGCCACUCUAGUAAGGAAAACAUUUUAAAAUAAUGGAUUCAAACCACAAUUCCCAGAAUUGUGUCAAGGCAGACACCUCUUAAUUUUUUACUAUCAAAAUUGCAUGGUUUGUAUUAUUUAGGCCUCCUUCAAAGCCCUUGCCAUUGAUUGGUUGUGAUCAGCAUACAGAAAUAGGUUCCUGCACAUAGUAUUGUUGUUAGAGAGGGUGCAGUACAUGACAGGAUAGAAUGUGGUCAGAGUGGAAACCCUUGCAGCAGUCUGCUAGUUCAUUAGCACAGGUGUCUGUAUGGGAUGGUUUUGGUGGCCUCUCCCAAUAACAAACUGACUGCAAAAAGCUUCUGUCAACUGUUUGGCAGGGGUAGAUGCAAUGACCAGUUCAGCAGGUUCUCCCAGGUCCCUUUAUACUGGAGUGAUGGGUUUCUGAUCUCUCACAGGCUUCUGAUCUCUCUCCUGGGGCUCUGUGUCUACUGUAAAACCCGGUAAAUUGCACAGCGCAGCAAUUGCUGUGCUUCUAUUCCUCUGGGCCUGGGCUAUUCACAGUUUCAUCCACAAAAUGAGGGAGACUAUCUAAAAACUGAACUACUGAUUAUUGGUUAAAAAUAUCAUUACGUGUUUUGUUUCGACCCUCAGACUGUCCCAAUUUGGCAGAACAAACCUUAUGGCUCGGCACGCAGCUUUGUGAGAAAGAUUGGGACAAACCUUCCUUUAAAGCCGUGUCCUAGAGCAUGCUUCCAGGUAAAAUACUGAAGUUCAGAUGAAUUUGCACACCUGUUCAAGGCAGGUUUAAAUGCGGAGCCCUGCUCUUCAGCCUUGCUUUGCUUAAAAAAAGAAGUUUCUUUUUAUUGCUACAUGUCAGUCUGUCAGAAUUCUUCGUAGAAAGGCAAUAAUUACUAUUCUAGCAGUGGUUUGAUGGUUUUUAGCCACUUUCAAGCCCAUAUUUUAAUGACUUUUUCCUGUAAUGAAAUAAGUGUAGCUUGUGACUUUCAGGACCUGCAUAGGAAGUAUAGCAUGCUUCUAACUAAAUAAAUUCUUUUUGCUACCCUUUAGGAUAUGUUGGCAUACGAUUUCUUGAUGUAGGGUGCUAUAGCACUCUUAUUUAUAGCCCAGUACUGUUCAUGUUUUCUCAAAAAGAAGUUUCUUUUACUUUAAUGGAAGCUACACUCUGCUAAAUGUGCAUAUAUAGGACUGGCAUCCUGGGAAAUGGGGUGCAGCUCCUGAGAGAAAUUUGGCUUGGUGAUCUAAAACCUUGACAGUCCUACCAUAAGCUUUAAUACUUUUUGCCUUAAUGACUGCUUCAUAUGCUGGUAUAUGUACGGACUUUAUUUGGACACAGCCUCUUCAUUCUAGGAAGUCCUCAGCUAGCUAUAGUUUUGUGCUUGGUCAGAACUGAGAAACCAUGGUUAACAAAGCCUGGCUCGAUUCAAAGCUGCCAAUGAUAGUUUCGCAGUUCAAAUGAAACAGGCAACUACAGUUAAUGGAAGACUCAGUUGAUCGGAGGGAGCUUCCGGUAUGAUGGCGGACAGCACUCUACUAAUGUGAGCCCAUUGAUUUUAUCUUUUUAUCUUUUUACUUUCUCUUACUCCUUUUAUAGACUAUUUUAAUGAACAUUGAGCUAUUUUAAUGAACAUUGAGCUCAGAUAAAUUUAAGCACCUCACCCCAUCCUAUCCCACGUUCCGCUUUCCGGACUCCUCUUGGAGCUUUAAAGCCGCAUUGACUAUCUUAUCACACUGCGAAGAGCUUACAGGAAAAUUCAUGGGCUGCUCCCACCAUAAGUCUGGAGGCACAGACGGAGCAUAAUUUAGUGUUAUGCCAAUAACCUUUGGCACACUCCUCCUCCUUGAAUAGGAUACUUUCAAGGAAAAUACUCCCUCGACUCUUUGAAAAACUUAGGGAAGAUAAAAGAGCGAGGCAAAGGGAAAGAUGACUCAGCAAUUAGACGGCCCUGCUGAUGCGAGGAGGGGGGUUGGUAAACGCUGCAGAGAAUCUGAAGACUUAGAGGAAAUGGCAUGUUUGCCCCUUACCAAGCAAACCAAAAUCAGCGAAUUCUUCUAUGGAAAAACAAAGGACACUUUUAAUAUUCCGACCUCGAACAGCUUCUCGCCAUUAGCAGAGAUAAUAGAUAAAGAAAUUACACCGAAGGAACCACCCACUAAACAACCCAUUAACUCCUUAAACAACACCAUUACGAGACCAAAAGGCCCCAAAAAGUUCCAACUAAGCCCUUUCAGGCGGAAGACUGCAUCGGAGAACAAGCAAACUAUCUCUCUGAAUUACUGCUUGAACACUCUACUACGUUAGACCUAGUGGCUAAAACCGUGGACUGUAUCUUUAAAUACAUAAGAGACAUCAAAGGCUCCUUAGAGAAUAUUACAUCCUUUGUAUCCCCAAAAGUUAAUGUCAGCCCUGUAGACGUUUCACCGGAGGAUAGGGCUGAACCAACGCCCAGAGUACCUGCCCUAUUACGCUCAACCCCGCAGAUUGGCUGCAAAUCUGAAAACGAACAAUCUAUGGAAGAUUUACACACCAUAUCUUCCUAUAAUCUUUCGUUACAAGCCACUAGACUUUGUUUAAUUAUCCUCCCCUUCAAAGGUCAGGUUGUUAACUGGUCGUCUACACAUGUCGCAAGAAGGCAUUUAGCUGAGCUUCUGGGCGUAGAUCCUCUUUCCAUCGAUCUGAAAUCUACUGUCCACAUUUACAGCAAGCCAUACAUGCAGAGGAUACUGCUCACCUUUGAUUCUAAAAAGCUUCCAACUUAUAUGAUGUCCUUACGAAGCUAUCUGACUAAUUAUAGAAUUUUCAUCACAAGAGUUUUUAUCAACACUAAGAUUUGCCCUCUCAUUCCCUACUCUUCAGUUAAAAGGAAAGCAAUUAAAAAUGAGAGCAUUCCAUCUACUACGAGCUCUACCUCUCCACCCUCAGACUUAAUUAGUUGGACAGAGACCCCCAUGCCCCUCCUAUCAAAGGCUACUCAUCUUGAGAAUUCGAUGGAGCAGGAAUUACUUGUCUCCUUCUCCCAUCUGCCAAAAGCCGAACAAACAGAGAUAACGGACAGACUAGAUGAGUUAUUACUCUAUCUCCGCAACUUUGAAGAUCUAGCGCCCACAAAAGAGGCAAAUAUUCCACCUAACUCGGAGCGAAAAAUGGGUCAUGAAUCUCCUCAGGUCACGGCAGAACACACACCCCUACUCUGCCCAUCUGAAAUCCACGCCGAAAUCUCUGUGGCGCCCCUAAUCACAUUACCGGAGACUCAACCAUUCAAUGGUUGCAUCUUCCACGACUCCGGGAAAGCCCUAGAUGCUAUUGAAGAGACAAAAUGACUCUCACCCCUACUACUAUCCUGGAACGUUGCUGGAUGGCAAUCGAAAACAAGGGACAAAGACGUUUUAACCUACGUAUCACAGUUCAAGAUCAUCCUGCUCCAAGAAACCUGGACGCAAAAUCCUUUCGAACUACACAAUUACUUUGCUUUCCAUUCCCUUGCCUCAAUCGGCCCAAAAGGCGGAAGACCGGUGGGAGGUCUGAGCACCUUCGUAUCGACAGAUCUAGGAGCCUCCCCUAUCCAAUUGAAAAUCGAUAAAAAUGGAUUCUGGCCGUUAAAAUAUUCUCCACCCAUUUUAAGAUCAUAUGCAUCAAUGUUUAUAUUCACCCACUUAUGAAACAAACUGAUCUUAAAAACAUCUGGAACGAACUGGAAGACUGCAUUCUCCUCGUCUCAAAUAAGUUUCCCUCUGCCUCCUUAAUUAUUGGUGGGGAUUUUAAUGCAAGGCUAGGCCACUCAGACGAACAGUUAAUCAAGGAAAGUGGAAUGGGUCCCCUAAAUGCUAAUGAUGAACAUUGGCCCCUAUUCAGGCGUCACUCACUUGACCCAGUUACCAAUUUUGCUGGUACAUGUCUUUUUUUAAUGGCACUUAGAUUAAACCUUGUUAUUUUAAACGGCCUCUCCUCGGGGACUGCCCUGGCCAAUUUACUUACUGGUCAGGCUUAAGGCAUUCUGUUAUUGAUUACAUCCUUGUCUCCCAAGAACUCUUCGAUGAAUAUAUUGAAUUUGCUGUAGAUAUAAGAACCGAAAGUGACCAUUUACCCCUAAAUCUUAAAAGGACUGAAUUUUGGGAACCCUCUAGAUGUGGGCUUGCCCCGCAGACUCCUGAUCCUAGCGCUUUACAACAAAUAGGCAGAUCCAGAAUUAAAUGGUCCCCUUAUGUUAAUAACCAUUUUGGUAUUUGGACACAAUCAAUGGAAGGUCAACUCCUCUGGGCUGAUCUGACUUCCAACGACACUGAAGAGACCUCCCCAAUUGACCAUUAUAACACAUUAAUCCGAAAACUCCAACCGUUAUUGUCAAGACCCAGAAGAUCUAACCAAAAUGACUCCCUACCAACAAAAAUGGUUUGAUCACGAAUGCACUCAGGCAAAACUUAUACUCAGGGAAUGCUUUAAGGUCUUCCAGCAAAAUCCUAACCCUAUCACUAAAUUGGAGUUACAACUUAAAAAAAAGAACUACAAAGAGUUAUUAAAAACCAAAAAAGAACCGCAGACUCUCUCAUUUGGCAGGCCCUCAUAAAAGCGUCAAUAGAAAAAGACAAUUCCAAUUUCUGGAAAAUUAUUUCCAGUCAAACCAAAGCUCCUAAUGAGGGCACAAUAAUCCCUGCAAAUUCAUGGGAAGAGCACUAUAAAGUGCUGUUUAGGGAACAUCGUCCUUCUGCGCCGCUUAACAUCCCCUUAGAUAAUGAUACACCAUGGCCCCCAACAUCUGAAACUGAAAUCACUUCGCUAAUUCUACAAAUGAAAUCUGGCAAAGCCCCAGGAAGUGAUUUCAUUGUCGCUGAACUUCUGAAAGCGCAAAUAAACUGGUGGGCCCCGGUCCUUGCUAAUCUAUUUUCAUAUAUAGAUAAGACAACUGAAAUCCCUAAAGAUUGGGGACUAGCUAUAAUUGUUCCCAUAUUUAAAAAGGGCAACCCCUCUGAUCCAUCUAAUUAUAGACCAAUUAGUCUCCUGAACGUGAUCUGUAAACUUUAUACAAAACAUCUAUGCCUAAAAUUAUGGGAAUGGUUAGAUCAUAAUAACUUGCUAGAAAUUGAACAAGCAGGGUUUACAUCCGGACGUUCCACCAUUGAUCACUGCUUAGUGUUAGAUUACUUUGUCUAUAAGUAUGCGAAAUAUUGGAAAAGUCAUUAUAUGCGGCCUUUGUGGACUUAAAGGCAGCAUUUGAUUCUGUAUCCAGGAGCAGGCUCUGGGCCAAAUUGGCCAAUAUGGGUAUUAACAGAAGGUUAUUACUUCUGAUGAUUAAGCUUCAUGAGAACAAUACCCUCCAGAUAAGACUCGCACAGGACGGCAGACUCUCUAGAGAAAUCUUAGUCCAAAGAGGAGUUAGACAAGGAUGCCUAUUAGCCCCAUUCCUAUUUAAUAUCUAUGUUAACUCCCUGGUUACAUGCUGCCGUGAAAUUGAAACCCACCCCCCUGUGUUCUCUAAUGGCAGAAAAGUACCAAUUUUAAUGUAUGCGGAUGACGCUGUUCUUCUCUCUCAAACCAAAGUGGGUCUGAAACGUGCCUUAGGAAAGUUUAGUGACCAAUGUAACACUGAACUGUUAACAAUUAACUUUGCCAAAACCAAAAUUGUACAUUUUAACCGCUCCUUUAGGAAGGAUAAUUGGAGCGUAAAGGGAAACGCCAUUGAACAGACUAAGACCUUCCAAUACUUAGGCAUUACUUUCUCUUAUAAUGCCAAAUUCUCAACACACUUGACCACAUCAGCUAUAUCAGCAGAAAGAAGUGCAAAUGCUAUCCUUAGAUUAUUCAGAAGGAAAGGAGCUGGCUUCCUCCCGAUGGCCCUAACAGUCUUUCAGGCAAAAUCUUUAGCCCAACUUCUAUAUGGCUCUCAAAUUAGCCCCUCUGCCAACCUUAAGACCUUUGAAACAGUACAAUCUAAAUUCUUAAGAUCAUUAUUUGCUACUCCUAAGUGUACACCUAAUGCAGUCUUAAGGCAAGAGGCAGGACUGCCCAGAGUGGAAUUAAAAGUCUGGGAACAAGCAAUAUCCCUCUGGCUGAAAAUCCAUUACAAUCCUAAGGGUCUAUUACCUUGCUUCCUGGCCGCAGUUCCCUAUCCUCCUUGGCUUUUGCAAAUAACUAACAAGAUCAAACAAAUUGGCCUAAACCCUGAAAAUAUUUUUAUUGGAACUCUGAACAAGGCAAAAACUACUAUCACUCGGAGACUUUAUGAUAUCGAAUUACAACAAGAAGGCGCCCUACUCCCAGAGACGUAUAGAUGUUUAAAAGCUUGGCCUAAUUUUGCAGCUGCCCCUUACUUAACUAACAUCACUAACGAAACCUAUAGAUGGGCUUUCUCUAGAGCCCGCUUUGAGACAAUGCCCUCAGCAGUGCUGUACGGCAAAUUCACGCGAGUUCCAAUGCAUGCGCGUCUCUGCCCUUGUAUGUCUAAUAAGGUAGAAUCUGUCACACACAUUCUUCUAUCUUGCGAAUUCUAUAGUGAAGAACGAGUUCAACUUAUUUUACCACUUCUAUCAAAAUUUAUACCCCUUCAAUAUUAUUUGGAAUCCUCCCUGAAAUUCUUCGAAAAUACCUCCUGGAAGAUUCCUCAAGCUCAGUAUCAUAUGAGGUGGCUAAAUUUUGCACUUUAGUAAUUAAGAAGCGUAAAUCUCUUCUGUUGAAUGGCACACUGGGAAGUUCUCUUGUGUAACCUUUUUUCUUUUCUAAAGUUGUUGCUGUUUUCUUGUUGUCUGAUCUUAUGGUGUUUAGUGUCACUGGCUUUGGCCGCAAUAAACUUGAACUUGAGGAAGACUCAGUUGGUUUGCAUGCUGGCUCAUGCAAAGGAGCUGCAUAUGUGGCUAAAAGGUGCAAAAUGUGUGUAUUGUCUGGCCACUGUUGGAAAUGGAAUGCUAUACUGGGAGGACCCUUGCUUGUCUAGCAAGAUGAUGCUUGUGUUUGUAUAUUGAUAAUUCAAGGUUAGGUUAUUUUUAGUUUAUAUGCUGCAUUUCCAGGGUGGACUGUGCCCAAUGUUGCUCACAGUAAAUAGGAAAAUUACAUGAAACCAGAAAGCAAGUCCUAACAUCCUCAUUAUUAUUUUGAGGGGGGGGGGAGAUUUUAACGGGUCGUGUAGGUGGGGAGUGUUUAGCUAUACUAGAACUUGUUUAUAACCCCAUAAACUUAGAAUUCAGAUAAUGUGUGUUCUUGCCUUCUCAGACUUUGGGGCUAGGGGUUAGUGUGUCUUCCCAGCUGUCAAGCAAGAGAGCUUAGCCUGGGAUACCUAAUAGCAAAGAAAGUAGGCAGUUCUACAUAACCUCUGCUGCAUGAGGCUCCUGAACUACAGCAUUAAUUUCUCCAGCUGUUGAGAAGCUUGCAAAAAGGUAGAUAGUUAUGUUGUGUUGUAGUAACUCAUUACCUCAUCUUCUUGCCACUUGCACUAUUGUAGGCUUCAGAGGCCAUACAUAGGCCACUUUUCCAACUCCUAUGUAACACAGAGAUGCUUGGAAGGCUGCUUAUAAAGUAUUAAAAUGUGUGCACGAUGUAUCCCUUUUGGAAAUCAUAAAUUUGCGAAUAACCUAUCAUUGCUCACUUAGGUUUGGCUAAUUGUUUGUCUAGCGCAUGAUCACCUCUAGUCCCACGUGACACCUCAGAGGAGCAUCCAACCUUCAAGUUGAUGCAAAUUAGCUACAGCCUCUAAAUGAUCUGUAGCAUGAUUGUUGGUGCUGAACAAGUUGCCCACACAUCACUCCCUCUAAUAGUGGAAUCAGUGCCGCUGUACCAGCAGAGAUGGAGCCAAAUCAGGGAAAAGGGGGAGGUAUUGGCAAGCUCAGGGGAACCCCAAGGUUCACCCAAGGCAAUAUAUAUAUAUAUUUUAAAGGGUGAGAAGGUGCAAACCCUUUUCCACCCCUGCAUGUACUGAAUGGACACCAGGAUCCAGGGAAUGUUAAGUGACAGCUGGAAAAGAAAAAUGGCAAAGCAAACUGAAAGGAGUCGUUUGGGUUGCUUGGGUCUGUAAUGGCUCAUGGUAUCCUGAAGGAGGUCAUGGCUGGCUGGCUAGAAUCCUGACUCAGAUCACACCUGUUGGGUAAUGAAGAAAUAUUGCAUUUUGCUGCAGGUCCCGUCUCUCUCCUUAAGUCAGAACUGAUCAAAAAAUGAUUGUACAGCCCCAUGAUAAUGCUAUUUUCUUUUCCUUUCUGUUCCUCAGGAAUUACCUAAUGUUUCAGAUCUUUAUUUAAAUGACACGCCCCCUGUCCCCACUCUGGCAGACGUAGCAUGGAUAGCUUCAGAUGACGAAGAAACAUAUGCUAGAGUCAGGUACAACCCUUUCUCCUUUUCUUCUCAUGCCUCCUGACUUCUUCCUUUCUUGGUCAGUUAUUGCUGGAAACAGGGCAAUAUUGAGGUGGCUUCCUAUCUUUAUCUUUCUUUUAAUAGUAGGUCUUUCAAGGUAAUGAGGCAUGGGUGCCAUUUCAGAGAGAGAGAGAGAAAAAAACUUUUUCAUAUAUCUUGGUAACCAGAGAGCCAGAGAGGUGCUCCAGACCUAAGGGAUAUUCAUGUAAGGUCAUAAACCCGGAGUAGGGGACCAUUGGUGCUCAUGUUGAAGAAAGAGUGACACUGAAUUAGAAGUUGACUCUUACACAAAGUGCUAGGGGGAGCUAUUGGUGUAGGAGAAAAUCCUGCAUGAAGAAUUGAGCUACUUAAAAGGUUUAGGCAGGUACAGAAGGCAUUUGUAGGACACACCAAUAUAUGGAUUGUGAAGUGGCAGCAGGCAAACAAAGAGGAAUAAGGGCUAAUUCAUACAUGCAAGAUGAUUCAGUUUUGAACUGCUUCUAUUGGAAAAUACUAUUUUCAGGUGGUUUCAAAGCUCUGUAGGUGGUGUCUAGGCUGUCUUAAGCCUUUUUUAUUGUCUUAAAUACCACCCGUCUUUCAUUGCUUUAAGACUUAAAUUUUACUCAAGAGUAAUGCUAUUGAAAUUAAUGAACCUAAUUUAGGGUGGAAUUUCAUGCUAGGCGUACUCAAAGUAGAACCAUUGGAAUUGAUGGACUUGACUAAGUUAGGUCUAUUUCAAUUGAUGUGCUCUGAAUAGAAGUUAGUUGAACUCCACCCUUAGUUAUGUUCAUUAAUUUCAGUGAGUCUACACAGAGUAAAAUUUGGUUAAACACUUCUUCAUGUAUUUAUGAACUUGAAUUAGGGAUAGUGUUGUCUAAGAAAACAUUGCACCAUGGGUACAUAUUCAGGUUGGCUUGAAGUGAUGGGAAUUUGAGAGAUAAAUAAUGAGAGAGAAAAGAGACUAAUGGGUAGCUAAAAAUGGGGUCCUGUAGUGAUGAGAGAAGGGCCAGUCACAGCUAGCACACUUUGUAUGAUAUAAUGAGCAUGGACUACUAUUAUUCACUGGGGCCAGUUUCAUUUGAAUUUCUGGGAUCUUGACUUGUAGGACAGACACUCGUCCACUAAAGCACAAAUGGAAGCCCACGCCACUUUUCGUUAUUCAGCGGAAUGCCUCUGUCCCAAAUUUGAGAAAGCAAGAAGAAAAGCUGCUGGCUUUGAAGAAACCAGGUUUACCCGCUUUGAGUCGGACAACAGAACUCCAAGAUGAACUGAGCCAUCUGCGUAGUCAGAUUGCUAAGAUUGUAUCAGCAGAGUCAGGUAGGUACCCAGCAUCAAGCGCUCAGAGGAAAUGUCUCAAAAUCUUGUGCACAAAUUUGAAAUGGUGUGGGUGUGGGUGGGUGUGUAAGCGUUUGCAAGCCUACAAGAGUGGAUGCAGCAGAUGAGCAAACAACUUGGAAAUUAUAUUUCCACUUUGAUAACCAGAAGUUGUGGCAGAGAGGAUGGUAAAAAUUUGUUUUUUUUAUUGUGGAGAAAGCAUGAUGCAUGUUUUGUCCUGUUCUCUUCUAAUUUGGGGUGGAGAUUCUACUCAGAACAAACACAUUAAAAUUAAGUGACCAAAGUUUUGCUUAUUAAUUUCAGUGGGUCUGCUCUGAGUAGGACUAGUAUUGGAUACAGCCCUUGGAAUUGUGUGUCAUGUUUGACAAGUACAUAGUAAGUUUGGAGAUUCACUUGGGAAGUGCAGUAAGGGUUUGCUGUCUCUCCUGGUGAAGAGUCAGGUUGUUAACAAAAUGGUGUAGAUAUGACUAGUUUAAAUUUGGAACACAUGAGAGGGAGCAACAUAUGCAGGUGUUGCCUGCCACCUUCCUUUGUUUGACCUCAUUCCACAAAUUUCCUUAACUUUCUUGUAUGGCUGCUGCCUUUAUUCCAUGUUGAGAGGGUACCAGAAAACUUUGCCCCUUUUCACUGCAGUGCCACAGCAGUAGGGAACCUGCGACUCACAGGCAAUUAGGGUUAGGUAUUCAGACAUAAUGUUGAAUUGUGUAAUGGCCACAUUUGAAAUGUGUAUUUUGUAAGGGCAAGACUAUGAAGAGCAUGGAGCACAGUUAGACUAGAUAAAGUGCCAAGCAAUUAUAGUCUGGCAGCUUUAAAAGAUCACUCUAAUAGCACAGUAUAGCUUGAAAGGUGGGAAGUUCUUAUUCUUUCCUGAUAUUAGUUGUAUAUCUAGGCCCAUCACCUGAGUAGCUGUUGAUAUUAGACAUUGUGCGGUUUUUCUCCAUCAUGUAGCUUUGGCAUUAUUCCUUGGGGCCAAAAGGUGUUUUACCUACCAAGCUUAUGUGCUUAAUUUUAGAUAUCCCACAGUCAGUAACUCAUUUCGGCAGUUGGUUUCCCUCCCUAAAGCAGGUUUUGUAGCAAAAACUUUUAUUGGUCUUUGCCAGUGCAUAUCAAUCUAUUUGAUUACAGCAGGUUUUUUUGUUUUUUAAAGGGACAGUAAAAUUCCAAAAUCAUUGCUUGUUUAAAAAUAUUAUUCAAGCUAUUACUAUAUUAGAUAAAUGAAGUCUGCACUAAUUUUCAAAAGUUUGACACACACAUUUCAUACCCUUCUUUGUCCAUCCGUUCCCUAAAUCAGAGGAGGCCAUACUCAGCACUGACUUGGACAUAUAGCUGAACCAUAAUUGAGUAUCAUGUGCAUCAGCUGUAGUGAGCCUCAUGGUGGCGUGUAGACACACCCUUCUCCUGCAUGCCAAGAGGAAGAGGCUGAAAACUUCCUCUUCUGAUUGAAAAUAGAGUUCCUUGAACAAGCUAGCAUUAUCAACCACAAUUUGGUUCUUUCCUGUUCUGUCUAACCAUAGUUUAGUCAGGGCUUCUGGAUUCAUACAUAAACUCCUAGUUAAUCUAAAAUCCAAGGCAGAAGUGUUAACGUCUCCUCCUACUGGCAUGCAAAAGAGGGAAGCUGGGGAGCAUGCAAACUGAAGACUAACCACGGUUCAAGCACAUAACUCUAAAUUAUGGUUUAUCAUUAAGUUUGAACCAGCCCUUGGUGUCUUUGCCACAGGAAGUAAAGUUGGCAGGAGCCACAAAGCAGGGCCCAUCUGUCCAAAGAGACCCACACUGAUGUUUCCUUGUGUACUUUGAGAAAUAAAGGUUCAAAGUUUUUGUUUUAUUUACCCAUUACUAUUAACCGGGCAUCUGUCUCACCCACUUUAAAAUGCUAUGGUGCUUUUUGGUUCCAUUUUAUGAAUGGCAACUUUAUCAACUGGUUUUAUUGUAUUUAAGCUCAUAACAUUACACUUCUAUAUAAUGUGUGUGCCCUUACAGCGUUUUGAUAAACAGACCAGACAUAAAUGAGAGACUUCUAUAAUGUUAGAAGAAAUUGCACAGAAUUUGUCACAAAUUCUAAUUUAUAAUGGCCAGGAUCCUAUGAUUUCUGCAUCCCCAGUUUUUCAGGCAAAAUAUUUUGCUUAAUUUUUAAUACAAUGUACCGUAUUUUUCGCUCUAUAACACGCACCCGACCACAACAUGCACGUGGUUUUUAGAGGAGGAAAAUCCGUAGGCAUGCCACCCGUAGGCAUGCCCUCCAUAACUCACACAGACAUUUCCCCUUACUUUUUAGGAGGAAAAAAGUGAGUGUUAUGGUGCAAAAAAUACGGUAAUUUGCUUAUUUGUAUUAUUGUUGAGCCAACCAUUUGCAUGGUGCUGUACAGAGUAACAAACAAAAAGACAAAGUCCAUGCCCUGAGAAGUUUACAGUCCAAAAUUUACUAUGAGGAGUGUUAGAGGGAGAAAUAAAGGUAAGAGUAAAAAGGAAAGAAGAUGCAUUCUGCUUCAUUCUGCUUCAUGCCCUUUUCUUGUAAUGGCCUAUGACAGGGAUGGGGAACCUUUUCUGGCCCACAUGUUAUCUCCUCGCCCCCUGAUGGACCAAAUUUGACAGGGUGGUGGGGCCACCCACAUCACUUUGAUGUCAGGUGAUGCUUCCAGGCAGCUUCUGGAAGAUCAAAUGGGGAGGGGGCUUCUUGGGUUUGUUAAGCCACAGUUCCUCUUAUGACUAAGCUCGUUAAAAAGUUGUGUUUGCACGUAACUCUAAAGUCAGUGUUGUGAAGCACUGAUCACAGACUGCCACCGUUGCAUAAUAUUCCCUUAACAGAGCAUCAAGGUAAUAGAUUUCCCAAAGAUAUUACCGGAUGACUUUGAACGUAGAUAAGGAGUUGUGUUUGUACCAGCACAGGCGAUUUGUCCAUUUAGAUCAGCAUUGACUGGCAACAACUCUCCAGGGCCUUGACAAAAGGAAGGUCUUUCCCAUCACCUGCCGCCAUCACCUUUCCAUCCAUUUUAGCUGGAAUGCCAGGGAAUGAACCUGAAUCCUUCUCAUGUGCUUUGUUCUCCUCCUGUGAUAUCCCAUUUGAGAUCUUGCACCCCAGGCACAUGAGCUCUCACAAAUGUGUGUCAUUCUAGACUAAAAGACAGAUAUCCUGGUUCCUGAAAUUGCUUCAGAGUUAGGCUUUCCACCCUCUCAAGGGUGGCUCUUAAGGAAAGUGAUUCAGUAGAGGUGAUUGUGUGCACAGGGCUGGGUUGGUUUUAACUGGGAAGGCGAGGGAUGGACCUUGGUUGAUGCCAAAAGUGGCCUCCUGUGGCUGUGGGCCAGUUCUCUUCCUAUCUGUGAUAUAAGGUGAAUAACAUGCUUCUUCUGAGAACUUCAUGCUCAGUGUUUGGGGUGGCAAGACAGGAACAAGAUAAUCUUAACAAUAUACAUUGAAAUACUGCCAUAUAGAAGAUGGUGGUUGUAAUGGGAGGGUGUGAGAUGGAAAAGUGCUUCACCCCUUUGCGGCAUUAUAACCAGCAUUUGAGUAAAGGCAAGAGGCAGGCUUAUGAUGUCCAUUUGUCGGGAGGUUUGCCUAUAGGCUUGGCGUACAUGUUCUGUUGCAGAAUAUAAAACCUGUAGUUUGGCACUAGGUUUAUGUCAAUGUGUAUUGUUCUUUUUUUUUCCAGCUUCCACUUCAUUAACACCUGAUUUAUUAUCACCAGGAAGUUCAAAUGUCUCUUCUCCCUUACCUUGUUUUGGAUCCUCAUUCCAGUCUACAACUUCCUUUGUCAUUAGUGACAUUACAGAGGAGGAGGCAGAAUUAGAAAGCCCAGAGCUUCCAUCCGUUUCCAUGCUUUGUUCUGCAACCUCUGAAUGUUGUAAAGCAGACCCAAAGGAUUCCGACGACGAAGAUUCGGUGUCCCUGUCCAAGGCCAGCAGUUUUGCCGAUAUGAUGGGCAUUCUUAAAGACAUUCAUAGGAUGAAACAGAACAAAGACUUGUAAGUUUUUGUUUGUUUGUUUUCUCUUUUUCCAUCCCCAAAAGUGUCUCUCUUUCUUUUCUGAUUGGAAGCUUUGCAGUUUUGCUUUGUGUGAUCUCUGCUGAUCUUUAGCACUGUGACUGAUAUUUGCAAGGGUUAGUUCUUAUGUACUUUCCCUGCAUCACCACAACACAGGUUUUUAAAGCCUUUCUUAUAAUAGGCCCUACAAUAUUGAUCUCUAAGGACAACUGUGCAAAUCAGUUCACCAAAGUUACUAGCCUGCCUGUGCUUAUCACAGUCAAUUUUGGCUAAUAAGAAAAGAAUCAGUUUUGCCUGACUACCAGGGCAAUUUAGUCACCAUGGUCAAAAAGACAAGUAGCUUCUUCUAAACUGCCUCCAGAUUGAAGUUAUUAUAACCACUGCCCUGAAGAUCAGAAUGUUCUAAACUAGGGAAGGGGAAUCUGUAGCCCUUAAAACACUAUGGACUGCAACUCCCUUCAUCUCUUAAGCAUUGGCCAUGCUUGCUGGGAUUGAUGGGUCAGUGCAUUUGACUGUUAACCAGAAGGUGGGUGGGUGGCUGUGGUCAGGAGUCCUGCAUUGCGGAGGGUUGGAACAGAUGAACCUUGGUGUCCCUUCCAACUCUAUGAUUCUGUUAUAGGAGUUGGACUCCAGCAGCCUUUGGAAGGGCCAUAGGUUCCCCAUUCCUGUUCUCACUGGUCUGCAAAUAAAUGCUGAGAGAUUAUUACUAUUCUAGCAGCUGAGACAAGGGUAACAUGAGAGCUACAGGUCGGAGGUUUUGCCUUGUCUCUUCCUGUUUGCCUGCUUCUCCCUCUGCUACCUCCCAAAUUGCCCAUUGUACAGUUUAUGGUUAAAAUUGCCUCACUAUGUGUCAUUCUGGAGACGGGUAUAAAAUGUUGUACUUCGAUAAGCAGAAAACCACUUGCCAAGUGUUCUGCAAGUUUCUAGGCAUGAAGCCUUCCUAGGUUGCUACAAUAAAUGCAUAUAUGAUUACAUGAUUAGCAUGUUGUGGCCCUUCAGAUGUUGAACUACAAAUCCCAUCACCUGUGACUGUUGGCUAUAUCUGAUUGAGGCUGAUACGAUCCAGGGUGCCACAGUUUCUCCAUCCCAGGAUAAGGGAGACGUUAGUUUAAAUCCUUAGUCAACCAUAUUAUAGCCAUUGGCUCCAAACAACAAAACCUGAACUUGUUUCUUAAGGUUAGUAGCUAGCCAUUCUUUAUCACAUAAUUGUUGUAAGGGUAAACAGGGAUCACCCCCAUCCAUCUAUAUCCUCCUGAGCUCACUGGAGGAACAAUAGAAUAAAUAACUAAAACAGUAAGCUGGGAAUGCUUGCUAAAUAAUAGAUAGUUUUUUACAUGCAAGUUUUUGUGUUUUAUUUAUUUAGACUAUUUAUAUACCACCUUCCAACAAAAAAACACCCUUUUAUGCAUUAAUAUUGGGCAAAAAUCAAAACCUCUUUCAAGCUAAACUUUUCACUAUUGUUUCAUCUGCACUCUGUUUGAACAUAGUGUUUCUUGAGGUUUGGAGGGUUCAACAGGCAGAUGGUAUCAUAAGUUGAAUUCAUUAGAGAGAGGGAAGUAAGGGGAGCACAUUUAACAAUAAUUACAAUAUUUCUUAUUCAUUUAAUGCACAAUCCAGUUAGAGCAAUUUAAUUCUGGUAAUAAGCAGUGAGAUACCAUGGAAACAUUGAAUUAAAGUGUAAUUUGUUUGAUCAGCUGCCAUUGGUUUCUCCCUUCUGGUUUCUUAAGGAACAGAAUAUUAUGCAGAAGGAAGAAUCACAUUCUCAUUUGAGCUUUCUAAAAAAAUUUGCUUGAGUUUAUUGGAAACUGGAAUAGGAUUCUCAAAGCUGAAAUUGAUCUCUUCUCAUACUGCUUGUAUAUCUGCCAGAUUGCUGCUGUUGAGGUUAUUCCACUCUAUAUAUUAACUUUUAAGAAGAAAAAUCUCAGUUACAGUAAAAGGGGUGCAAUCGCUACUGUUUUGACCUGUUGCAAGAAUUAGCAGCAAUUGCUCUACCUCCUUUCAAAAGUUAGACUCAUUUGCCUUCAGAUUUGAGUAACUUACAACAUCCAGUAGCGGGGAAAUUGCAUUGCUGUUCUUCCAAACAAUACAUAAUGCAGCUGUACUUGCACUUGUUGGACACAUAUCAUAUCAUAUCAUAUCAUCUCAUAUCAUCAUAUCAAUGUUAUUCCUUGAACAAGUAACUGCUAAUUCUUUUAUUAGACUUUAUUUUCAAAUCUCAGAUCUUACAGAACUUGUACAAAGUCUAAACUUAAGCAAAUAAUAGCAGAAAGUCUAUCUACAUCCAUAACUGUGUUUCACAAACCCAUAUUUGUGACCAUGAUUCUUCUAAAAGAGAGUCAGUAGUUUCCAUAAUCGAGUAAACGUACCCAUAUGUAUCUUGUCUUUCUUUAAUUAUACUUUCAACAAUUGCCUCCAUGACUAUUUGUUUCUUUUUUCACAAUUUUUUAUUUAUUUUAUUUAUUUAUCCCUUCAACCUUAGGGCAGUCAGGGCAGUCAGUGUACAUAGCUUGACUUUAAGCAAUUCCUGGCCCAUUCUUAUUAAAUAGCUAGACUGGGAGACAAUCGCAAAGGAAUACAGCAAGGCAUGGGGGAAGAGGGGCCAGUUUUAGCGUAGCUCAAUCAAGGUGCUCUCUCAUUUUUAUACCAAAAUGUGGCACGGAUGUGAAUCAAUACAAGUGACUUGCCCUGUCAGUGUCCAGUUUGGACCAAAGAGCAUAGGGAAGCUACCGUAUUCCAUCUAGCCCAGUAUCGUUUACUCUGAUUGGCUGCAGGUCCCCAGAGUCUCAGGCAGAGGUCCAGCUGUGCCGUCUUUUCUUAACUGGGAUACUGGGAAUUGAACCUUGGAGUUUCUGAAUGCAAAGCUUGCAUCUAAAGCCCACUUCCCUAAGGCCAGUGGCUUUCACUACAUAUUUUUUUUUAAGAGGCUUAUCUUUACAGUUUUAAAAAGCAAUCCAGAUUCAUAGAACUUUUUAAAAAUGCCGUUUUAAUCUGCCUCUUGUGUCUCUUCAAAUUCCAUUAGUUGCAUCAUAUAUAAUGUGCACAUCCCUCCUUGCCAUACCCACAAUGACCUGAAUUGUGAGUGCUGAAAGUCCAUGGUAAAAUGAUGAGAUUAGCUUCCUUCUUAGUAGAAAACAGGAAAUCCUGCUUUCCCCUUUUUAGCAGCAAAUGGGACCCUGCCCUGGCAGAAAUGUGUGUCCUUUGUUGCAGGGUGGAAGGAACUCUGGACAACAAAUGUUGCAGAGUAUACGUAGCUACAGCAGCGAAGCCACUGGACACAUCUGAGACAAAGAGAAUUAAGGCGCUUAAGAGCUGCCCCCUCCCUUUGUGCUUUGCAGUGAGCAGCAGCAGACAAGGGCUAUUAUGGGAGAGAACUGUUCAGCUGGGUGCAACCUCAUCCUGCUGAGCAGAGGAGACGGUUGCAAACACACGUCAGAUGCCCACGGGAAUGUUGGGACUGGAUCUCAGCACUACAGCUCUGCACAACUGGUCCCUCGGAUAAAAUUGAAUAACCUCUGAUACAAUGAAAUAUGAAUCAGAAAGGUUUGCCAUUAUCCAUUGUGCCAGCAGUUUGAGGAAGUUUAGUCUAAGCAUCUGUGAGAAAAACAAAGAGACAAAUAGAUAAAAGGAGUUUACUGGUGCUUUUGCCAGUCUUACUGAUAAAUUACAAGAAGUUACAGAAAUUAGAGUGGGUGUCUGUCAGAUGAAUUUGUAGAACAGCAGAGUCAAGGGUUGCCCUUGAAGCUGCUUCGUCUUACGGCAAUGCAUUUCUCCCUGUGCAUGACACAAAUUUAGAGCAUGGCAGGUGGGUAGCUAUAGCUGGGCUUAUUCUUGAAUCUUUGAGUUGCUAAAGUGCUAUCAGAGUAUAACAUUCCUUAAUCUGUAAGUUGCAGAAGCAAGCAGGGUGUGACACUGUGUAAUGAGUGCAACACUUUGGACUUGCUCUUGACCCAGCAUAUGCUGACUAUGAAGAAAUGAUGAGAAUGGUGAUAAAUGGAAAGCUGUAAUUAAAUCCAUUUUGGUCAGGGAGAAAGUAGCCAAGUGGUGCCAUUCACUUAAAAAAAAAAAAAAGGAAGGUGCAGUGCUGCUGUCAUUCAGAAUCCUUGUGAAAUGGUUUGCCCUAAACUAAAUGGGUCAGUUUGCCUCCUUUCAAUUUUUCAGGGUGUGGGUUUUAGUUUAGGAACUGUAUGCUAAUGGCUGAAAUUUCAGGAGCAAUGUGGUGGGGGUCCUAGGGUUCACAUUUCUUACCACUUUUGAAAUCUUAAGUCCCAUUGUCAUGCUUAUAGACGAGGUGCUUAAUGAAUGGUAAAUAUAUAGGUGCCCCCUUCUUUUUAAUCACAUGCUUAUGCAUGUUGUAAGUUUUAAUAUACUCUAGUAAUGGUGAAAACAAAGGAAAAUAAUAAAUCUGGACUGGUUCACACAGAACAAGGAAGUGAAUGGCUUUUGUGUCAGAGAUUUUAUUUUUUUUAAUUAUUAUUAUUAUUAUUAUUUAUUACCAACUUAUGGUUACCAUGAGAGAGGAGAGGAAUCUGCCAAGUUAAAAGUCACAAAGCCGGUAUGAUGAGCCUGUGGCCCUCCAAAUGUUGUGGGCUACAGUUCCUGCCCCCAUUGGCUGAGAUCAAUGGGAGCUGGGAAUCCAACAACAUCUGGAGGACCACAAGUUUCCCAUCUUUGGAAUGAAGGAAGAUACAAAUGUUCUUUUGCAUGGAGGAAAUCCUAUGACUUCUGUGCCUCUUGGGCUCAAAAUGACUUUUCUUUGUCCCAAAGCAUGCUGCUCCUAUUUGAGGUUGGCACAGUAUGAAGGAACUUGGUAAUGUAUGCAGCAAAACUGAAGAAAAAUGGUUGGAGUCCUUUUGAUAGAUUUACAGAAUAAUGUUGCUUAAAAUCAUCAAUAUUUAAGUUGUUUUUUGGGGGGUGGGGAACCACCACCCUAAGAAUCUACCAGGAGAAAAUUAAUAACGUUUUGUAGAGAAGCCUUUCAUUUGCUUACCCAUAGGGAUUCCCGCCCUCACCCCCUAGUUAAUUAAACUGGUAAACAAAAUUAUCUAGGUAUCGGGGAAUGUAAGGUGGUUGAAAACCAGAGCUACAACAGAUGUGAGUAAACGUGUUUGAAAUAAGAGAGCUAAAAUUUAAAACUGGACAGAUUCCAGAUCCUUAUGAUGCUUAUUGUAUAAAGGAAUCAAUGUUCUUUUGCACACGCAAACCGCAUACAUUUACCUCAGAGACUUUAGUUGUUGCUGUGCGCUUGAAAUUCCACACAUCACCCUGUAGUAGCCCAUAUUGCAAAUCCAUGCGUACAGACAUUGGUGACUCUUCACUUCUGCAUACUGUGCUGGGCAGAGAAGCAGAUGGUGAAUUGCUUCUGCAAGAACAGGAAUGAGAAACCUCCCCCCCCCCCCCGCCGCCCCCAAAUGCUGCUGAACUCCCAACUCCCAUCAAGCCCAGCAAUUCCUGGCUAAUGGCUGGGAAUUAUGGGCAUUGAAUUUCAGCAAUAUUUGGAGAGCCAAAGGUUCUCCACAGAGUUGAGUGUGUAAUCUGUUCUUUAUUGUGCCAGCUUCAUCCUGGUUUUUGUACUUUUGCCAGAAGGUAGGCUUCAUCCUUGCAGAUUUUUUGGAGAAGUUCUCUAACUGUUACUAAUUCUACUCAGACAAUAGAAUAGCACUUCAGGGUGCAAGAGAGAGAUUGCUUUAUUGGGUGCUUCCUCUCCCCCAUGACAUAAGGUUCCUUGCACAUUGAAAAUUAGCCUGUUGGAGGAAUCCAGUCUAGCAUUAUCCUUGACAGUUCUGUCGAGGGGAGGAAGCCAUGUCUGGUGCAUCCAGUGCAUUUUGUAAUUUGUGCAUGUGGAAUGUCGCACAAAUAAUCAUGCCUGUGGCAUCAUUAGGGAUCAGCGAAAUCUCUAGAAAGGCCCUAAAUUUGCUAGGUAAAAACUUGUAUGCUGGAAGUAAUUUUUAAAAGUCUUUCCUAUUUUUACUGUUUACCUAAUAUCAAAUAUAUGGGAUUUGAUGGUGACAAGAAUUAAAAAAACACAAACCAGUAAGAGAUUUGGAAGAAUAGCCCCUUUGUUGAAAAACAUGCAGUUGAACCACAACUAAUUUGUUAGCUUACUUUAUUUUUUAAAUCCUGUUGAAGAAAGCAAUUGGGGAUGGUGGAGCAGAAUGUGGUUUGCACUCCUGUUAAUACCCUUCAUCUUGUAUCCUCCUUUCAGGAACAGAACUUUACUGAAAGAGGAGGAUCCUGCAGUUCUUAUAGCAGAGGUUUUAAGAAGAAAGUUUGCCUUGAAGGAUGAAGAUGUAAACAUGAAGAAGAACUAA